AUGAACUCGCAGAGCGAUACCCAGCCCUUUACGAUCCCGUAUUCGGGAUCUAUUGCCGUGAAGGAAGGCGACGCAUGGAUCCCUUCCUCCAUGGUCGCCGGCGCGGGUAUGGCCGCUUCUCGAGAGUAUUCCUGUCCACCCACGCGCCCAAACAGCCCAACCCUUAGCUCCAAUGCUGGAGGCGUUCGUCCUACCUGGCACAUCACACCUCCCGCCUCGUCGCAGCUUCGUGCUAUUCCUUCUGAUUAUGACAACCCGAUGAACCGGCCGGUCUUUGACCGAUCGCUUGGGAACAUCACUCGCGAGGAGAUUAACGAGCGCCUCGAGAGCCUCAGCAGCGCUCGCAAACACACUGCUGACGCUCAAGUCCUCCAGAAGAUUGAAAAGAUCAUGCUGGAUUGGAAGCAGGUCCUUGAGUUACGAGGCAUUCGCCAUGACCUUCAGAAGAAGGUGUAUUUUGAUGCCACUGGUAAGAACCUCUACAUGUCCGGCGAUGUCGCGUCGCAGAUUGAACAGGGAUCCGAGGCUAUGGAGCGCGUUCGCACCAUCAAGGUGAUGGCCACACUCGAAAUAGAGAAAGGAUUGCCAGCGCCCAUCAUCGAGAUGCUGAAGCCGCGUCUGAAGUGGCACUCAACUGCUGUCACUACCCCACGCCCCCACAAGAAGGAUGACUUCGUCGUGGUAAGGACUUCUGGCGAUGAGCCUUCCAUUGGCAUGGAGCCUGUCGAGGAUGACUUUGUCAACUUGACUUUCUGUGAUGUUCAUAACAGCACUUAA